AUGGUUCAAGUUGCUAAAAUAAUAGGGACUGGUUUAGCUACUACUGGUUUAAUAGGAGCUGGAGUAGGAAUCGGAGUAGUUUUUGGUGCCCUAAUAUUAGGAGUAGCUAGAAAUCCUUCUUUAAGAGGACAGUUGUUCUCUUAUGCUAUUUUAGGGUUCGCUUUCUCUGAAGCAACUGGACUAUUUGCUUUAAUGAUGGCUUUCUUGCUAUUAUACGUUGUUUAA